AUGAAGGGAAAGGGUAUAAUGAAAUCUAUGGUGCUUCUAGUUCUAGUUUUGCUAUGUUUUAAUGGGGCGGUUCAUGUGAACUCACAAAAGGUCCCUGCUUUGUUUGUUUUUGGAGAUUCAAUUGUUGAAGUUGGUAACAACAAUUUCCUUAAUACCUUAGCAAAAUCAAAUUUCUAUCCAUAUGGUAUUGAUUACAACAGGGUUGCUACUGGGAGAUUUUCCAACGGAAGAUCCCUCAUUGAUUUCAUUGCAAAUAUGUUGGGUGUUCCUUCUCCUCCACCCUUUUUAGACCCUUCAACAACUGGAUCCAAAAUACUUAAUGGAGUGAAUUAUGCAUCAGCUUCGGCUGGAAUUCUUGAUGAAUCAGGAAGACUCUAUGGUGAUAGGCUUAGCAUGAACAGGCAAGUUCAGAGCUUUCGGAGCACAUUGAAUCAGUAUAAGACAAUGAUGAAUCCAAUUGAAUUGAAUCAAUUCUUAGGCAAGUCUAUAGUAAUUGUGGUGACUGGAAACAAUGACUACAUCAACAACUACCUCCUACCUGGAUUCUAUGGCAGCAGUUCCAAUUAUACAGCCCCAGUAUUUGCCAAUCUUUUGACCAGUACUCUCGCGCGACAACUUCUGGCACUUUACAGCUUAGGAUUGAGGAAGUUCUUCAUAGCGGGAGUUGGACCACUUGGUUGCAGUCCUAAUCAAAGAGCUACUGGUUCAGCACCUAUAGGAAGAUGUGUGGAUUCGGUAAAUCAAAUUGUUGGAUUUUACAAUACAGGACUCAGAUCAACACUUGAGCAGCUUAACAGGGAUCAUCGUGAUGCUAUCUUUGCAUAUGGAAACACCUAUGGUGUCUUUGGAGAUAUUCUCAAUAACCCUGCAGCCUAUUCAUUUAGUGUUGUUGAUAGAGCUUGUUGUGGGGUUGGAAGGAAUAGAGGGCAAAUAUCAUGUCUUCCAAUGCAAUUGCCAUGUUUCUCAAGAGAAAAAUAUUUGUUUUGGGAUGCUUUCCACCCGACACAGUCUGCAGUAUAUGUCUUUGCUUGGAGAGCUGUUAAUGGCCCACCAAAUGACGUUUACCCCAUCAAUAUUCAACAAAUGGCUCAAAUAUAG